UUGUGCUGGAACAUUAAUUCAUGAAAAAUAUGUUUUAACAGCUGCACAUUGUGCUUAUGAUAUGAUGGAUGGUUCACUGAUUUCAAAUUAUUUUAUUGUAGUCGGUACUCAUUAUAUUAAUGAUACAAAUCCAAUUCGUUUUAAAAUCAAAUCUGUAAGAUUACAUAAACAAUAUGAUGAUGAUUUAUAUUCAUAUGAUAUUGCACUAUUAGAACUUUCACAUAAAGUUGAUUUAACUAAUGCAAAUGUUGGACUUAUUUGUUUACCAUCAACAAAUAAUUCUUUAUAUCCAUAUGAACAAAUGAAUAGUAUUGUAAUUGGUUGGGGACGUUUAGCUGAAAAUGGUCCUGCAUCAUAUGAACUUCAACAAGUUCAAUUACCGAUUAUAUCGAAUAGAAAUGAAUUUUGUAUGAAACAAAUAAGUGAUGAAUUUAUACAAUUCUGUGCAGGAUUUAUUGAAGGUCAGAAGGAUGCAUGUCAAGGUGAUAGUGGAGGACCAUUGAUGAUUUAUGAUACUGAUACGAGUACAUGGCAUAUUGCUGGAGUAACUUCUUACGGACAUGGAUGUGCUAGAGAAGGACAUCCAGGUGUAUAUACACGAGUCAGUGUACUUAUUGAUUGGAUUAAUACACAUAUAAAUUCAUCAAAUAAACGACUGUCUAUUAAUGUUGUACUAUUUUUAUUAUGUAUAUUUGUGUUUUUUUUAUAA